UUCACCAUCAAACUUUGCAACAAGAAAUCAUGACAACUUUCAACAAGUUCAAAAUCUUUCUCUUUCUUUCAGUUUGCCUUUCAUCAACAUGGUUUACCUCAGCAAGUAUCCAUCAUGACUUUCUUGAAUGCCUUUCUCACAAAACUAUGAACUCAAAUUCAAUGUCACAAAUCAUCUACACACCUAAAAACUCAUCAUAUUCCACCAUUUUGAACUCUUUUGAAAGUAACCUAAGGAUAACCUCCGACUUCAAACCAUCAAUUAUUUUCACUCCUUUAGACGAAUCUCAAAUCCAGGCAGCUAUACAUUGCUCCAAGAAACAUGGCUUACAAAUUAGAAUUCGAAGCGGUGGACAUGACUAUGAGGGCCUUUCUUACAUUUCUGAAACCCCUUUUGUCAUCAUUGAUCUUAGAAACCUAAGAUCAAUCUCCAUUGAUACCGAAAACAAGACUGCUUGGAUUCAAGCUGGCGCGACCUUAGGGGAAGUUUACUAUAGAAUCGCCGAGAAAAGUAAAACACUAGCUUUUGUUGCCGGGGUUUGCCCUACUGUUGGUGUUGGAGGACACUUUAGUGGUGGAGGCUAUGGAAUGAUGUCUCGAAAAUUCGGUACUGCUGCUGAUAACAUUAUUGAUGCUAAGCUAAUUGAUGCCAACGGAAGAAUAUUGGAUAAAAAAUCAAUGGGGAAAGAUCUCUUUUGGGCUAUUAGAGGAGGUGGAGGGACUAGCUUUGGCCUCAUUAUUUCAUGGAAGGUGAGAUUACUUGAUAUUCCAGAAAAGGUGACGGUCUUCAACGUGACACGGACGUUAGAACAAAAUGCAACUCAACUUGUCUACAAAUGGCAACAUAUCGCGGACAAAGUUGAUGACAAUCUCCUCCUCAGGCUCUUCCUGAGGAGCAGUGAAUCUCCAUUUCGGCGCGGGCAAAGGACUGUCCACGCCUCUUUCACUACUAUGUUCGUUGGAGGAGUCGAUGAAAUCCUCCACGAAAUGCAAAAGAGCUUCCCCGAACUAGGGUUGGUGAAAGAAGAUUGCAUUGAGAUGAGUUGGAUCGAAUCUAUACUCUUCUUUGCUGGUUUCCCUAGGGGCACAUCACUUGAUGUGUUACUAAAUAGGAACAUCACAGCUACUCAAAGGGGAUACUUUAAAGGGAAAUCAGAUUAUGUCCAACAACCAAUUUCUAUAAAUGGUCUCAAAGGUAUAUGGAAACUGUUCAACCUAGUAGAUGAAAACUUAGCCGAAUUACAACUCAGUCCUUACGGAGGAAAAUUGAAUGACUUCAUAGAAUCUGAAACUCCAUUCCCACAUAGAGCUGGAAAUAUAUUUAUGAUCCAUUAUGGGGUGGCUUGGGAAAAAAUAGAAAGUUCUAAAAAACAUAUAGCUUGGAUUCGAAAUCUUUAUCGAUAUAUGGCUAGGUAUGUGUCCAAAUCUCCAAGAGCUGCUUAUUUCAACUACAGAGAUCUUGAUUUGGGAGUGAACAACAAAAGAAACACAAGCUAUGCACAAGCAAAAAUCUGGGGAGAGAAAUACUUCAAGAACAACUUUGAUAGAUUGGUGCAAGUGAAGACUAAAGUUGAUCCAACAAAUUUCUUUAGGAAUGAACAAAGUAUUCCUCCUCUCUCAUGAUAAUUUAAUUUAUGCAGUCUGCUAAGCCAUCACCGGUUGUCUAAAAAUAAGGAUUUUCAUACCGUUCUUUUACGUAUAUAUGUACUAAUAGUGAAAAAUAAAUGGAGCCAUGAUGUCCAAAAAAAAUAAUUGUGUAAGAUAUUUUCUGAUUUAUGAUUAAUAUAUACAUUUUAUAUUUCAUGUUAGGA